GAGUAGACAGACUUCAGUCAAAAUUCAUAAGGUAGCUUGCGGUCAUUGACGACACACUUCUGCCUCUUCAGAAGUCGUUGAUUUAAGUUAUUCCAAAUAUUUGCGUCAUAACUUGUUAAAUAAUUUCAAAAUGUCAUUAAUAUUUGGCAAUAGUGUGUCUUAGUUUUAUUAAUAAUUAUAUUGUAUUGUUUAAAUACUAAAUAAUUAAUAAUAAUACAGUCUUAAGUGUAAUUGUGAAUAAUAAUUGUUUUAAAGUAAGUGAAAUAUAAUACGUUGUUAAACUCUAAAAGAGGAAUAAAAACAAGUAAUGUGGAUUUAAUGAUAGUUAUAUAAAUAGAAAUAUUCAGUGCAGCAAGUUAUUUUUAUGCAAAUGACUGAUAUAAGUCGUAUAGGAAUGGUGUCUUAUUACAAUCCUCUGACGAUGUAUCGUCAGCAAACACAAGCUGGAACUACUCAGCAACAGUUGGCCCAACAAGCUCAACAUCAAGUUCAAAUUCAGCAGCAUCCAGUUACACCUUCUGGAGCAUCAGAAAGUGCAGGACAACAAUACUGGUAUGGAUACCCUCAUGCACAUCCUCAUGGAUCACAGCACCAAGUAUCAGCAACUCAACAAUAUUUGGAGCCAUCCGACGUUCUCAGUUGGUCUCCUCACUCUCAUCAUUAUUCACAUCAUCUCCAAUAUCAGCAUCAAGUUGCUUAUCAACAGCAGCAUCAAUCAAGUCCGAUGACAAGUGUAUCAGAAUGGAAUGGUGAUAAAAUUAACAGCCAGGCCGUUGGAUCUGGAGAACCGAGUCCACCCAUUACAGUUAGUGGAAGUGAAAUAAGUAGUCCUGGCACACCACUAUCACCAUCCAUUAGUAAUAACAACAACAUUAAUGCACCUAAUAACAAUACAAGUAAUAAUGUCAAUAGUAAUAAUACAAGUGGUAACAGUACUUCAACAACGCCGGUGAGACCAGCUCCAAUUCGGAGCCCUUAUGAAUGGAUCAAAAAAUCAUCCUAUCAAAAUCAACAUAAUCCAGGUAAAACACGAACGAAAGACAAAUACCGAGUAGUUUAUACAGAUCAUCAGAGAUUAGAGUUGGAGAAAGAGUUUCAUUAUAGUCGAUAUAUAACUAUUCGACGCAAAGCAGAGCUCGCCGCUAAUCUAUCUUUAUCAGAACGACAGGUGAAGAUUUGGUUCCAGAAUCGGCGAGCUAAAGAGCGAAAGCAAGUGAAAAAACGUGAAGAACUUGAGCAAAAGGACGUGAAGCCAACUCUAACUAGUGAGGGUCUAGUAGCCGGUGGAAUGGCGAAUCUUUCUCUGGGUGGAAUGAGCGGGAUGCUGGGGGGAUAUAUGCAUAACGGAAGCCCACCGCCUCUGAGUCUUGGUCCUCCACCGCAUGGUAUUGCUCUUAGUCAUCCCACUCCUACGCUUCACUCGCAUCAACAUGUUCAUCCCCACACCGUACACGGGUGACCAGAGAAUCUCGGCAAUGCUGAAUCGUGGUCUCCCCAUGGUUGGUUGAGUUAAAUACUCAUUUGUAUUAAAAAUAUUUUACAAGAAAACAACUGAUUCUUGUUGCCCUUAAGAUGUAGCGCUUUAUCUGUUCACUUUCGUGGCGCAUAUAUUCUCACCCUAGUAGAAAUUAUUGCUAACUUUUAGAAAAGUUGUUGAAGUUAACGAUUGGAAUACAUUUCUCAUAUACUGAUAAAAAUUUCUACUAGGAGCAAUGCAGAUUUGUUGCAGUGAGGGUAAAUCUCUUCUAUCAGUGUACAUACUGGGAGUAUUGUAUAAUUUUUAAUUACUAUUUACAGUCAAUUGAUUUUAAAUUUCACUUCAUAUAUUUUCAUCUCAUCUUAUUAUUAAUGAAGUUGUUACACAUUUAUUUUUCAUAAGAAUAUACUUUUAUUAUAUUUAUGUUCAUUAUUUUAUUACAAUAUACCAAUGACGAUGCAGAUGAACAAGCUGUCAUGAAUCAAAACUUGAAAUUACAUAUUGAGUUUAACUCCAACUAAUGACAAGCAGAACUGUCAAAAUAUAAUCAACAAUCACUCCUUGUUGUUUUACUCUUACAGACAUCAAAUAUUUUAAUGUAACUAUUUAUUCUUUUAUCCUGGUUCUCUCUUGAAUCCCAACAGCUAAACUCGUGAGCUUUGGUGAUGCUACUUUUCUUUUUAUUUCUCUUCUUGGUACAAUAAUUCUUCUUUUUAUUACUAUCUUCUUUGUUUUUUUUUUCUCAUCCGAACUCUUAUAGUAAACUUCGUACAUUUUCAGCUCACAAACUUUGUAAAAGCUUUAUUUCCUGAUUUGUAACAUUACAUUAAAUAUUUGUUCAUUUCUCAUAUUAAGAUUUAAGCUUUAAGCAAAAAAUGAAAAUGAACGCUUCAAACAUUAUUUAGUAUCUAAUUACUAUAAAAAAAACUUGAAUUGAAAUGUAAUGACAAUAAUAUUGUUGAGAUUUAUGGUCAACAUUAUUGAGAGAAAACAAAAAUAUUUGUAAUACUUCUUUAGUGUACUAACAUACUGAUAAAUAACAACGUUGUACAAGAAGAGAAAUAGAGAGAAAAAUAGCAUCACCAAAGCUCGCGAGUUUAGUUGGCGGAAUUCAAGAGACGUGUGGAUGAAAUGGUGAGGGUUGGACAUCGAUCUGGUAGUUAACUCGAGGGUACCCUCGGGACUCGUUACCACUGUCUCCAAUGCGUCCCAGUAUAUCCAUAGAAUUCACUACUAACCUGCGUUUAUUCUUGACAUUCACAUUAACAAUGUUGAACGGUUUUACACUAGCAUUUGGGUACAAUAUAAUAGACUUUUGAAAAAUUUUAAUAUAAUUUAAAUAUGUUUCAUUUUUAGCCUUGAAAAAUAGGUCUUCAGUGGCUCAAAUAAAAAAUAUUUUUUGCAACAUCAUUCUUGGUUAUAUCUAAAUGAAUUCUAGCUCUUUAUUAGAAGUAGCAACCGUAUUCCAAAGUUUUUAUAACGUUUGGAAAAAUUAGUCAUUCACACAGCACUUAUGUUGAAGCAAACAAUCAAAAGUUUUUUCUUUUGAUGCUAAGAAACUCAUAAUUCACGAUUUAUGUUGACUAUAGUAUUGUCUAGUUCUCUAUCUCAUCUGCUCCCUGAAAUUUUAUAGACUAGUUUUUUUUUAUUAUGAACAUUUACUUACUUUAAUCUAUGAAUAAUUAAUAUCAUCGUCGGUUUUUAAUACGUCGUCAUAAAACCUGGAGAAAAGUUUUCAUUAUUUUUUGUAUUUAUACAUCAUGGUUAGUAUUUCACAUAUGUUAUAACGAUUAUUGUGUAGUUUUAAGACUUACCAUAUUUGUAGAAAUAAAAAUGUUCUGCGAACAGUAAUCAUUUUUUUAUAAAGUAACAAAAAGUUAAUGUUUUAUAAAUAAUUGAUGAAUAUUGUACAGAUGUUUGACUGAGAUUGAUUUUUUAUAGUAAAUAAAAAAUUAUCUCAUUUUAAAAUAUUAUCUCAAGAAGUAUUUCGUAUUUUAUCCAUUGUCUUUUUCUUAUACGGGAGCUGAUAAUAGGGAAUCUACGUAAGCGACUGUUGUGCUUUACCGACGUUAGAUAUUGAAACCGGUAAUGAUAUAGUGUGUUCAAUCACUAGAGGUCAUUACUUACAGAAACACCAAACAGUUAUAAAG